AUUAAAAAUUCUUUCGAUACAAUUAGCUUUUAAUAUUCGUUAUCGAGAAUAAUAAGCAUGGGCGCAACAUCUUUUACCGACAACUAUAAUCAUUUAUUAUCAGAUAUUAUGUAUAUAGAUAGUAAUAUUCCGGGUCCCGGGAUUCAGAUAGAUGAUUUUGAAUCGCAGUUUUCAGUUGGCUGCUCUUGCUAUCAAAUUUGCAACGACGAUUGCUCUUGUAUCAGAUAUACUCGGAAUUAUAUCGAUAAUCGACUGAUAUUUGAUAACAAAAGUUCUAUUAUUGAAUGUAAUCCUAGUUGCAAAUGUAUGGAAAAUUGCGGAAAUCGAUUAGUUCAGAAUGGUCCACUUGAUUGCUUAACAGUAAAAGUAGCUACUAAUACUCUUAUGGGCUUUGGCCUUUUUACAACAAAACUAAUCCAAAAAGGGCAGUUCAUUUGCGAAUAUGCUGGUGAAGUUAUUGGUAUCGAUGAAGCUAAACGAAGAUUUGAAGAGAACAAAAUUCAAGGUCAUAUGAAUUAUGUACUCGUUGUUUCAGAAUUUAUUGGAGAAAAAAGAAUAAUGACUUGCAUAGAUCCAUCAAAAUUUGGAAAUAUUGGACGAUAUUCGAAUCACAGUUGUCAACCGAAUGCCAUGCUCGUGCCUGUUCGAGUUGACAUUAUAGUACCACGGCUCUGCUUAUUUGCUAUCAAGGAUAUCGCAUUUAUGGAAGAAAUAACGUUUAAUUAUGCGGGAGAUGUUUGUACAUCUAAUCAGAAUUUUAGCGAGACACCAUGUCUAUGUGGUUCUCUAGCUUGCAUUGGAUAUUUACCGCAUUGUCCAGUUUAAAAAGAAAAACUAUGAAGUAAAAUAUAUUUAUAAAUGUCAUUAUAUAAUUAAAU